AGCGGUUCUGGUCCGAGUAGAAGGAUGCAGCCACCCUGUCGUCAUGAAGGGUUUGUGUGCCGAGUGUGGCCAGGACCUGACCCAGCUGCAGAGCAAGAACGGGAGGCAGCAGAUGCCGCUGUCCACAGCCACCGUGUCAAUGGUGCACAGCGUCCCAGAGCUGAUGGUGAGCUCCGAGCAAGCUGAGAAGCUAGGGAGAGAGGACCAGCAGCGCCUGCAUCGGAACAGGAAGCUGGUGCUCAUGGUUGACUUGGACCAGACCCUGAUCCACACCACCGAGCAGCAGUGCCAGCAGAUGUCCAACAAAGGUAUCCUGCACUUCCAGCUGGGCCGGGGUGAGCCGAUGCUGCACACUCGCCUGCGUCCACACUGCAGGGAGUUCCUGGAGAAGGUUGCCAGGCUGUACGAGCUGCAUGUCUUCACCUUUGGUAGCCGGCUAUAUGCGCACACGAUCGCAGGCUUUUUAGACCCUGAGAAGAAGCUUUUCUCUCACCGAAUAUUGUCGAGGGACGAGUGCAUUGACCCGUUCUCUAAGACAGGGAACCUCAGAAAUCUCUUUCCUUGUGGAGACUCAAUGGUUUGCAUUAUCGAUGAUCGAGAAGACGUCUGGAAGUUCGCCCCCAACCUGAUCACCGUAAAGAAAUAUGUCUACUUCCAGGGCACAGGGGACAUCAAUGCUCCCCCCGGGUCCCGGGAGCCUCUGGCAAGGAAGAAAGUGACUUACCCUCCCAAAGGCGCCGACGUCCCAGAUCAAGCUCCGUCUGUCAUGGACCCCGAGGAGGGAAGGCAGGUCCCUGGGGUUGAGCAGAGUAACGGCCUUGGGAAGCCCGCGAGGGAGCUCAAUGGGGACUGGGCCUCACCUGCUGCCCGCGCCCCUCCGGCAGACUGUAGGGGGCCCCUGGCGUGUGCUCAGCAGCAAGGCCGGACCUCGGCUGAGAAGCGGCCUCAGGGCACUGCGGGCAGCGACCUGGACUUUGACUUGUCCAGCGACAGUGAGAGCAGCAGCGAGUCGGAGGGUCGGUCCUCCAGCACCUCCGACGGUGAAAGUGGGGAGAAGAGGAGCCAGAAGGAGCCUAAGGCUGCGCAGGACACGGGGAGAGCUGUGCAGCCAGGCGGGGCCCUGGGCCAGGGAGGGGAGAGGCCUGUGGGGGCAAAUCACUGCGGGGAGCCUGUGCCUGCAGUGCCGGCAGAGCCGCAGGAGGAGGGGGAGCGGGAUGGCCUCUGCGGGCUGGCCGGCAGCCCCGCUGACAGGAAGGAGGCCGAGACUGAGUCCCAGAACAGCGAGCAGUCGGGCAUCACGGUGGGCGAGUCGCUGGACCAGAGUGUGGAGGAGGAGGAGGAGGAGGAGGAUGGGGACGACCACCUGGUGCACCUGGAGGGCAUCCUCGCCCGCGUGCACGCCGCCUACUACGCCCGGUACGACCGCUACUUGCGCGGGGAGGCCCCAGAGGCCCCUGACAUACGCAGGAUUGUCCCCGAGCUCAAGAGCCGGGUGCUCGCGGACGUGGCCAUCGUCUUCAGUGGGCUACACCCCACCAACCUGCCCGUGGAGCGGACGCGGGAGCACUACCACGCCACCGCGCUCGGCGCCCGGAUCCUCACCCAGCUGGUGGUGGACCCCGACGCGCCCGACAGGCCCACCCACCUGAUUGCCGCCAAGGCAGGUACAGAGAAGGUGCGGCAAGCCCAGGCGUGCGGACAGCUGCAUGUGGUGAACCCUGACUGGCUGUGGAGCUGCCUUGAGCGGUGGGACAGGGUGGAGGAGCAGCUCUUCCCCCUGAGCGAGGACUACGGCAGAGUGCAGAGGGAGGAUGGCCCCGCAGCCUUUCCCGACAGGCAAGGGGCGCUGCCCGCUACCUUGUUCCAUCCAACACCUGUGCACCCCAGGGCCCAGCCCGGCCCCGACGUCCGGAUCUACGACGCCAGCACUGGCAAGCUCAUCCGGAAGGGCUCUGCCGGCCCCGGGCCCCCCGGCUCCCUGCAAGUCCACACGGAGCACUCCUCCUUCAGAGCUGUUCAGCCACAUCAGCAGCAGAUGUUUGGUGAGGAGCUGCCAGAUAAUCGCGCUGGGGAGCAGCCCGGUCCCAGAAGAAAGCGACAGCCCAGUAUGUCAGAGACCCUGCCGCUGUACACGCUCUGUAAGGAAGACCUAGAGAGUAUGGACAGAGAGGUGGAUGACAUUCUAGGAGAAGGCAGCGACGACAGCGACAGCGAGAAGAAGAAGCCCGAGGAGCAGGAGGGGGCAUCUCAGCCCAGGGAGCCUGAGGCCCCAGUGGCCCAGAGGGGGCACACGCUCCAGUCGAAGUCACCCGGAGAGAGGAACGCAGCAGAUCCCCGGGGGCCCAGGGGCCACAAGAGGAAGCUGAAUGAGGAAGACGCAGCCAGCGAGUCCAGCAGGGAAUCCAGCUGUGAGGACGAAGAGGGGAGCAGCUCGGAGGCGGAUGAGAUGGCUGCGGCGCUAGAGGCGGAGCUCGACCUCAUGUGACCUGCAGGGCUCCCAGACUGACGCAAUGUCAUCUCCCCUCCCAUGACGACCUCGACCUCCCAUGCCAGCUCUCAGAUGGGGUGUCCUCUCCAGGAAGAUGUGUGUAUUUUGCAAAGCUCCACCUACAGAAACGUUAUUUUGCAGAAAUGGGUGUUUUGAGAAGAAGUUUUACUACCGGAAAGUCUACUUGUUCCGUGACAAUGAUGGGAAGUGUGGGCCGUGCCAAAGAUCUGUGGUGCUCGGCCACGCAGGACGGGGCCGCGGUUCCUGUCGUGUGGUGAGGGGCCUGGAGGGUUUUCCUUUAAAUUCCACAGCAUAUUGUUCAGGGCGAAGUCGGGAUCCGACGAGACACGGGCGCAGCAGGAACCCAGCAUCCUGUGGUCUUCACUCUGAAGCCACCAGAUAGCAGGGAUUUCUGAGAGGCCGGUUCACGCGUGGACAGGCCUGGAGCCCCGCUGCCCCGCAACCCUCAGGGCUCGUUUCUGAGCAGUGCCGGGGUCCCUGGAACCUGUGUCCUCCUUUUCCCAGGACCAGGUUGCACACGGCCUGCCGUCCGCGCCUGCUCUUCAGAUCUGGUGUAAAGUUUUGUAUAUUUCAUAUCUGACCCACCAAACAGGUCUUUCCUCCAUUUAAUAAAGGUCCUUUUUGUAA